GUUUAAAUCCUGGUUCGGCUAGGGUCUAGGAGAUGGGGUAUUAGGGGUGGACAACGGGACGGGAUUGGGUACCCGUCCCGUUUGAAACGGGUACCCAAUCCCAUUUGAAGAGGAAACUACAUAUCCCGUUCCCAAACCCGUACGGGACGGAUAACGGGUACCCGCAGGUACUCGUGAUUAUUUUAAAGAAAGAAAAUUUAGCCACAAUAAAUAAGCUAAGCGGCCAUAGAUGUGUAUGAUAAUUAGCCGAAAAAUAGAAUAAUUCUAUUCAACGAAACAAAUUAACAUAAGUACACCAAAGCCAACUCCAAAGCAGAAUUUUUGGCACCAUGACACUGAAUUCCAGGAACUAAUAAAUUACACUCACCUGCAUAGCAGCUUUCAUAACUCUCUGCUAACCAAAUAACCCUACAUGACUAAGGCCCAAACAAAGCCUAAUAAGAUGAUGGAGUUCUUUCAUUAUGCUCCUGGGUUGGUGAAGAAGCAACCUAGCAGAUGGGUGAAUCUUUCAUUAUAAUUAUCCAUCUUCUCAUUUCGCUUCCUUGUAAUGCAUCCAUGCUUGAGCCAUUUCUAAAGGAAAAGGUUCAUAUGCAACUGUGUAUUAUUACAUGGGAAUAGAUCACCGAAUGAAGAAUAUGUAUUAUUACUUUAAAGAAGACGAAAGGGUAGUACGAGUACCCGUAAUACCCAAACGGGUAUGAAUGGUAACCCGCGAAUACCCAUUGUAGAAUUUCUUGAUCCUAAAUCUCAUCCCGUAAAAAAAGUUACGGGUAUUUGGGCACCCCGUAACCUUAAAAAAACGGAACGGGUAUGGGUAUAUCCAAAUACCCAUUUCCCGUUGCUCACCCCUAUGGGUAUAGUAUAUUACCUAUGGUUGUAGUUAGGGAUGGCAACAAAACCCGAACCCACGGGUACCCACCUGACCCAACCCGGUCAACGCGGGUAAAACCCGUGUUGACGGGUUUUGGGUCGGGUUUGGAUUUAAACCCGCUACACUAUUCACCGGGUCGGGUUGGGUUUGGGUUUAGGUAAACCCGCCCCAUGGUUACCCACCCACACACAUAUAAGUACUUUUCCAGUAUAUUUAAUAUUAUAAAUAAUAUAUUUCCCUUAAACAACUAAUAUUUUUUUAUGUUUGUGGAGACAUGUAUAAUUUGUUCUUUCUAAUUAUUUAGAAUGAAGUUGAUAUUAGAAGUGAAGAGUGAAGAAACUUAGUUGACGAGGAAGAAGCUUUCAAUUAAUCUUAUUGUUUAUAGAUGUUUAUCUUUAAUUUUGAACAAAUUGUAUUGAUCAUUUGCGGUUUGCUUGUAUGCUAUAGAUUGGUGUUUUUUACUAGAUUGGUGGGUUUUAUAUGAGAAAAUUGAUGUUAAACUUUUAUUUUGAAAGAAACUUUUUAUUGUAAAUAUUUUAUCACAAAAACCACGGGUACCCAUGAACCCGCGGAUACCCAGCGGGUUGGGUUGGGUUUGAGUUUUUCAAACCCAACGGGUUUUACCCCGGAUUUUUUUGGCUGAUAAAUAGGGAUGGCAACAAAACCCGAACUCACGGGUACCCACCCGACCCAACCCGGUCAACGUGGGUAAAAUCCGUGUUGACGGGUUUUGGGUCGGGUUCGGGUUUAAACCCGUUACACUAUUCACCAGGUUGGGUUGGGUUUGGGUUUAGGUAAACCCGCCCCAUGGGUACCCGCCCAUACACAUAUAAUUACUUUCCCGGCAUAUUUAAUAUUCUAAAUAAUAUAUCUUUCUUAAACAACUAAUUUGAUUUAUAUUUGUGGAGACAUGUAUAAUUUGUUCUUUCUAAUUGUUUAGAAUGAAGUUGAUAUUAUGAAGUGAAGUGGAGAGUGAAGAAACUUAGUUGAUGAGGAAGAAGCUUUUAAUUAAUCUCAUUGUUUAUAGAUGUUUAUCUUUAAUUUUGAACAAUUUGUAUUGAUCAUUUGUGGUUUGCUUGUAUUCUCUAUGUUGGUAUUUUUUUGUAUGAAUAAUUUGUAUGGGAAAAUUGAUGUUAAACUUUUAUUUUGAAAGAAACUUGUUAUUGUAAAUUUUUUACCACAAAAACCCACGGGUACCCAUGAACCCGCGGAUACCCAGCGGGUUGGGUUGAGUUUGAGUUUUUCAAACCCAACGGGUUUUACCCCGGGUUUUUUUGACGGAUAAGCUCAUGGGUUUGGGUUUGACAAAACCCGCCCCAACCCGACCCAUUGCCAUCCCUACUGAUAAACCCAUGAGUUUGGGUUUGACAAAACUCACACCGACCCGACCCAUUGUCAUCCCUAAUUGUAGUUCCACUAUUUUACUAUAACAACUAGAGAACAACAAAACGUGGGACUGGAGGAAACGUGUAACAUCAACGACUGAGCCACGAAUGGGUCCAAAGUCUUCCUUCCUUGGCCCCAAUUCCCCACACAGAUUCCAAAAUUUCAAGGAAAUUACUCUUAUAACCCCUAGUAUUUUUCUUCCUACUUAAGUUGAUCAAUUUGUUAAUACUCAUAUAAAUAUUUAUAGUUUGACCAAUAUAUAAGCUUAGUCUACGAACAAACGGACUUACGAUUAAGAAGUAUGAUACAAAAUACUAUUUGUCGAACGUAAUUGUUGAAUGUUCAAGUUUCUACGACUUUUUUAAAAAUACGAAUAUGUUCAUUUUUUUUUUUUGAAAAAUGUAGUAAUAAUGGUAAUGUUUUUCGUUUGUUUAAUUUUAUUUAUCAGAUGUUUCUAAAUAGACAUUUUCAUUUAUUAAAGAAAAAAAUAGUUCAACCUAGGAAAAAUAAUUCAUCGCGAAGGGAUCAAUGUUAUGAUUCACCCUACAAUUCUUUCGGAUACUGAUUAUACUUGGGUUGAUUGAGAUUUUCACCUCAUAAUUACUUUAAUGAACAAAAGUUGAGAUUCCUUUACGAACAAUGAUUUGAUUGUCUAGUUGUAAUACCAUUAGUCUAUAACAUGAAGGCCACAGGUUCGAAUAUUAUCAAAAUGUGUUUUGUCACCAAACAUUCAGUCAUUGUGUUAGCGUAUUGUUACAUUAAAAACAUGUAUUCAAAUCAAAUGAUCACAAUAUUCCAAGAAAAAACGAACAAAAAACAAAUAUAUGGGAGUGGUUCAGCCAAUCAGUAUAGAAAAAUCACAUUAGAAAACAAUGCAAUCGAUACUAGUUAAUUAAUUAAUUAAUUAAUUAAUUAUUCAUAGCUGAUAAGUUUGAAAGUGUUGGUUCUAUAUUUUAGACGUAAUUAUGAGAAAAAGGAAAACACAUGGAAAAGAAUAUGCGAUCAUAAUUAAAUUUCAAUUAAAUAAAAAGCUGUAUACUUACUAUAUUAAUACCAAAGGUGAUCCAUUGUCCCAACCGUUCCACCAAAAAGAUAUUCAAAACCUCCUCCUCCUCCUCCAUAUGUCGCGACUUCUCCCCAAUGGCCGGCCACUCCAACAACAAACCCCAUCUCCCCGUCAAACCUAAACCGCCGCCCGCCACCACCGCCACCGUCUCCUUCAGCGGCUGGUUCGGCUGUUCUAACAGAAACUCCGUCGCAAUAAUCAAAGUCGCAGCAGCUCCUCCUGAUCACAAUCAUCACAUCCAGAAGCAAAAGAAGCACAAGCCCUGGUUUCCCAAUUGGUCAAUGAAAAAUUCCCCCGCCACCGCCACCGCCGCCGCCUCCACCGCCGUUUCUGAAACUGCACCUCUCGACUCUUCCUCCCCGGCCGCCGAGAGCAAUAGCAUCAAAUUAGGCGAUCACAGAAAGUCAACGGAAUUCCCCAAGUCAAAGUUCAUCAAGUGGAAGCCCAACUGCAAAGCUUCCAAGAAAAGCCACCCUACGCCCGCCGCCGUGACGGAGGAGAAGAAGGUUUCCUCCGCCGCCGCCGAAGUUGCUCCGCCGGAAACCCCCAAAGAGACUGGGUCAUCGGAAAAGGAAGACAUCAUGCUCGGAAACGGCAGCGUUUCGGAGAACCACGGUGAUGCGGAGUCCACAAAGGGCGGCACGUGCAAAAAGCGGUUGUCGUUUCGCCGGAAGAAAGCUGAAAAUGGGGACAAAACGAAGACCGGGUCGAGUAGCAGCCAACCGGGCUCCCCGGUAGCCAGGCCCAAUCCACAGGCCCGAAACGACAGCGUGGUGAUCUCCCGGUCCACUACAUUCCCGGCGCCGGAUCUGCACCAGGUUCAACCAAUUGUUGUUGCCGCGACCGUGACUAACAAUAAUAAUAGCAAAACUAAGUUUCCUCCGGCAACGGUGGAGGCGGCGGGCGGCAGGAGAAAUCGGAAAAAGGAGGACGGGGAAUUGGAUUCGGUGGUGGGGCUGUCGAUUAUAGCGGUGACGUUGGUGAUCAUGGUGGUGUGGGGCCGGUUCUGUGCAAUCGUCUGUACGGCGGCGUGGUUGUAUUUUGUUCCGCGUUUGAGAACAACCAUGGCGGAGGUCAAGGUCAAGGCCAACCACGGUAGAAACCGCGGCUCGAUUCUUAGGAGAGCCGACAGUGAAUUUGGUGGUUCGGGUUUGGGUCGACCGGAUUUGGAUUCCGUGGAAUACAAGAGAAGGGUGGUGUUGGAAGGUCUUCUUGAGAGGAACCGUCGCCCCGUUGCUUGAACAAAAUUUUGUUUUCUGGCUUUUUCUUUUUUUUCUUCUGAAUUUCAGAAAAGGGCAUGUACAUGAAUGUAAGAUUUUGUUAUUAGCUUAAUUGUAAUUUAAACAGUAAAAGAAAAUUUUCCAACAGGUUGGUAAUUUGACAAUUAUAAAACUGGUCAAAACCUAUCUAUAUACAUUGUGCCUGACCGUAGUCGUUUUUUUUUAGGUCCUACAUAAAUAAUUAGUGUUUACAUAAUUCAGCAUGCUUUGAACGCAAAUUUAGACUAUGUUGCCAUGAUUACGAAAUUCUAACAAACAUCAUUAUAAAAUAUACAUUGCAAUAUGUAUUUGAAAGUGUACCUUCUUUAGUUAAAACUAAAUAAUUGUUCAGUUUUGUUGAAAUCUAUUGGGCCGAGUUGGACCUAUAUGUUUACUUCUAUUUGUUUUGGACUUGUUUUAUUAUUUGCCCUAUACUCGAGUUACAUGUCGAUGGGUAUAAGGGUUCUCCUGCUGCCCUCUUGUAACCCUAACGUAGAGGUUGCAGCUUUCUCCUCUUCUUCAUAGUGAGAACUUCAACAUGAGAGCUAUGCUCUCCGUGGACUAGUCCCGAUACUCGGGGAAACCACGUAAAUCUCGUGCGUCUUUUCUUUUCCGCAUUCGACUAUUUUAUAAAAAUAUAUGAACACAAUUUUGAAUAUUCGAAUAUAAAACCAUUAUAUAUUUCGUAGCAAAAAGAUAUGCGGAGGAGAGAACGAGACAACGUUUCAUGCGGUGCGCCACUGGCCAUUUGCCAGAGCGACAUGGCCGGAGCUGCUAUAGGAUGAACCUAACGAACACUUCUUCGAGCCGAAUAUUCACAGAUGGUCACUUCACUACUUAUCAGGGCGCAUCAACACUAUUGACUCUGCUUUGUUUGCAGGUAUGUGUUACGUUGGAUGUUGUGGAAGAGCCGGAAUAGUCACUUGUACGAAGGGAAGCUGAAAACCCAUGCACAACUUCAGUUCGAAGCCAAACAACUCAAGCAGCAGAUCCAUUCUGCUUUCGAGAAAGAGUACCGCAUAUUUGGAGAUGGGGGACUCCGCGAGUGGUGACUUAUUUGAUGGCAGCAACCUCAGCAAGACUGGGUGUGUGUCAAUACCGAUGGAUCGGUGAUACACUCACAGGGGAGCAGAACUUGUGGUGGCAUCUUGAGGGGCGACGAUGACUGUUUUAUUAGAGCUUUCUUUGCGAACCUUGGAGGGGGGGGGUCAAUUACUAGAGCAGAGCUGGCUGGAAUUGUGCAUGGGUUGAAGGUUGCCUAGGAAGAAGGGACUAGGAAGGUUGUUCUGCAGACAGACUCCAAUACAGCGCUGACCUUGAUAGAGUCGACAACUCCAUCACAUCCACACUAUAGGAGUGCUGCCGAGAUCAGACUUUGGAUUAACAUAGAGUGGCAAGUGAGAUUAGAGCGUGUUUAUCGGGAGGCGAACUAUGCAGCUGACUAUCUCACCUCUUUUGAGCAUUCCCUGUCUGGAGGGAUGCAUAUUUUUGAUGUUCCGAGCAACACACUUCUGUACUAGCUAUACCUUGAUCGGAAUGGGGUACAAACACCCUGUUUAGUUAAUGCAUAAAGGUUGGGGCGCCCUUUAACCGCUCCGUUCUCGGGGAAAAAAAGUUAUCGAACACCUUAUUUGUUAUUUAAAUAUAGAGCGGGUUCUACACCAUAGUAUUUCACGUAGGGUAGGACUAGCAAAAUUACAUAUAUAAAUAUAAUUUUAGAAUAGGAAAACGUGUUUUCGACUUCGGCAAGGUGGAUAAGGAAAACCAAAACUCUAGCCUAAAAUUUAAACCAUGAACAGGAGAAUACUAAAAAGAAAUCAAGAAAUUAUUAUAAAUAUAAAAUUUCAAGUUGCUACUUGCUGCCAUCAUUCAUUGACACUAAUUUUCUUCGUAUGGAACAGGGGAAAUUUGAAAUAUAAGAUCCAUAUUCUAGAAUUAUGACUGACUGCCUAAUUCAUCUUAUUACAUUUUCCAAAAGGAGAAUUUCGUAGCUUAAGCUCGUUAUACAAUAGUUCAAUCGACGUGUCAUGAUGCCUUGGGAGCAAGGAUUAAAAUAACGUACCGGAGGUUAUAUCGAAAAAGUCUGUAAGUAAUAGGGUAUUUUAGAUUAAAACCGUGGUUUAACCUCUGAUAGUAGGUUUUUAUCGUCGAACCGCCGGUACGAUAUGGUUUUUUAAUCCUUGCUUGGGAGGAGGAGUUAUAAAUUAUGUGUAUACUUCGAGCUUCUUUACAAAACACUUCAUAGUAAGGCCACUUGUCAGUUUUCCGACGCUUAUAAUUCAUUACCUCAUCGAGAACAAACUUCAAUCGAGUAAUACUAUACGUCAGACUUGAUUGUUUAGAUGGAGGGCUUGUGUUGUUAAUUUUGCAUAUGUAGUAUAACAACUUAAAACAUCAAUUAAUACCUACUUUAACAAAUUGGGUAUAGUAGUCUAUAUUUUAUACUUAUACAUCUCAUGACUACUAUAUUCAUGGAACAUGAAUGUCGCACUCUGAUCCAUUUGUCAAUAUGUGUUAACUGACUUGACUAUUCCAUUCAUUAACUUAUGUUUUCUUGAAGGAAGUAGGAAAUUGUGAAAGCAACUUUGUAGUUUCGAUCAUAAAUUAUUGCUAUUAGGUUAACUCAUGGAAUGAGGGCAGCCCACCCACAAAAUGUUGAAGUUGACUUUGUCAUAUAGGCAGAGGGUGUGGGGGGAAUUGUAGCUCCUUCAAAGAUACCAAUUAAGAAGAUAACUCGUUAAUUAGUGUAUUUAUUUGAUUUGUUAACUUGAUUUUGCGUGCUGAAAUGUCUAUGCAUGUUGUCCAAUACACAAAUUAAAUAUAACAACCAAGGUGAUAAUUAGUGUUCAAGUGAUCCGGUUGUUGGAUGUACUUUUUUGAGCUUUGGUAAAUUAGAAUCGUUGGUAAUUAAUUUUUAGUAAAUUGAUAUUCGGAUUUGAGUUUGGAGAUCAAGAUAUGUAAUUUAUACAUUAAAAGUUAUUGGGUAAUAUCAUUACCCCAACUCCAAUUUAAUUCACAAUCUUGAUUAGUUGAGUAUAAUAUACUAUAAAACUACACCAAUCUUAUCCAUAAUCACAGAAGUAUAUACUUUGUAAGCUCAAACAAAAAAGUCGAUAAAAAUUGUAAGAAUAUUUAACUCAAUCUACGGGAUUGUUGUACGGUAUUAUAACAUUAAAUAAUUUGUAUCUCAUGCAUUCAUAAUAUUUCGUAGUCUGAGAUGGUCUCAAAUUAUUUUAUAAAAUUUUCAGAGAUGAUUAGUUUUAUCGGAUACGAAAGAGGGAUGUGAGUAUUACAUCCAGAACAUGAUAACUUAUAAAGUAUUGAAGGCAAAAUUACAGCAACGCGAGUUGAUGAAAGAAUUCAAAUAUUAAACUUAAAGUAGUGAUUGACACCAACGAAAAAUUGCCCACCGAUAAUGAAACUGUUGUCAAAUGCACCGAGGUAAGGAAUUCCAAAUGACAACAAAUGAUUUCACUUGUUAUAAUUAAGUAAUCUAUAAAUGGCCAAAAUGUAUUAUUCUCGCUAACUUAAGAACUUACCAUCUUUGACAUACUUAUGAAGCUAACCCUAAAUCACCUAGAACAGUAAUUUUGACUGCUAAACCUAACCCAGGCAUAUCUACACACUACUAUAUGGAGGUUCUCCUCCUGCACCCUCCUCAUUCUCUUUUUCCUUAUUCCUGCGCAGAGUACAGAAGGUCUUUAAGGUCAAUUUAGUAGCCGAUUUUGGGUUUAUUUUUGUGUGUAUAUUUGAUAUGCAUGGACCGCUGUAAUGUAUAUGUAUGGGCCUGAAUUCUCAAUAUUUUCUUUAGUGGGUUGCUUUCAAGGAACGACUGUAUGUAUAUGAUUUUUUUGGCAGCAAAAAAAGAUAAAAUAAUGCUUGCUUUAGUUUCAAAUAAAAACAGGGUCAUAUGUUGAGUCAUAUAUCGGAACCAAAUUUUUGAACGAUAUUAAUUGUAAAGAGAAUUGUGAGUAAAUUAUAUUGAUGUAGAUACAAUGAAAUUAAUUUCAAUUGAAUUACAUAAAUUGUCAGGUGACAAUAGAGACAAUAUAUGCAAGUGAUUUUGUAAUUCAUUGGUGUGAAUUUUCUAACGCAUCCCGCCCCUUCACCGGUAUUGAUAAUAUGUUAUCUUAGUAUGAAUUAUAUAAUAAUUGUUGUGUAUUGAGAAAAUUGAAUUACGAGUUUAAAAUUUAUUUUGUCCCGGUAUAAAAAAAAAUUUCGCUACGAUCGGAUAACCGAGCACAAAGUUACGUUUGUUUAAAGUUUCGACGCAGGUCAGUGCUUCACCGCCUUUCUCUACUGCGGUGAUUGCAUCACCGCCUUCCUCUACAGCGGUGAUACAAUCAUCGCCUUGGACUGACGCGAUGAAGCAAUCACCGUUUUGCUCUCACGCGGUGAAGCAAUCACCGCCAUUCUCUGACGCGGUGAAGGCCCAAACAUGCGUAGAUUGGGAAUUAUUUUCAUAACAUGUGUAUUUUUAGAAUUUUUUUUAAAAACAUGUAUAACUUGGAAUUUUUUCCUCUCUUUGGAGGGUACCAGUAGCAGUGCUUCUAGGUAAAAGUCUCUUGGAUUUAGAGCUCAGUAUAAGCUUGGGAAGGUCCAUCUUGGGGUAUGAAUGAUUCUUAUUGCAUUUAUAAUAUAAAUCCUAAACCAGAUUUAAGUAAUUAGUUAAGGAUUUCAUGCUCAUGUUAGAAUCCCUCUAUCGUCAACUAUUUUGCUAUAUAUUAUUUAGACUAAAGUUAAUUUACAUUGCUUAUACAAUGCUUCAAUUCGAUUGUCAAAAAUUGAAUGUAAGUACAUAUAGUUUUAUUAGCAUAAUUAAAUACGUCUUGCAAAACUAUUACUCCAUACUAUAUAUUUUAGAAAUUAGCUAGAAAAAUAUGCUUUUUAUAUAAAGAAAAAGCGUAUAUAUGGAAAAUUGUCAACAUUCCUACUGGUAGUCCGUUUACUUCAUGUUUGGUUUUUAUUUAUAUGUCAUCAAAUUUUGUGUUGAUGCUAAGAUUGCUUACUUUACUAAUUCCGAUAAGGACUUCAAAAUGAGAUCGAAUAACUUACAAACUAAGAGGAAUAGAUUGUUAAGGUCCAUCAAACUUGCUGAAUAUUGUUAUAAUCAUCUCCAAGUGAUGCGUUUUGGAGACUUUCUAUGUUUAUUUUUAUUUACCUGAUUUGACAUUUCUUCAUUUAUUUUGAUGUUAGAAUUUUAUCAAAUGUAUUUUUUAAAUAGGAAUUUUAAUUUUAUUGCAAUUGUUGGAGUGUUUGAUAAUGGAAACUAUUCGUAUAAAUAUUGUUGAUAUUGUGGAUCGAUGAGGUGAAAAGGUGAGAGUGCCAAAAGUCCAAAACCACGAGGAAUUUCAAUAACCAAAGUUUUCAUUGUACAACAGACAAGGCAAAGUGAACCUCCCUCCACGAAGGUAGCCUCCAGAAAUUUUGAAUAUGCUACUACAAGCAAAUACUUCAAUGGCACGUCAUUUUUGGAACACGUCUAAGGCUAUAAUGAGGUAUUUUCAUUAACUUCUGUUUUAGAUAAAUUGGACAAUCUAUAAAUGAUGGACAAGAAGUAUACGGUUAUUCGAUUGGAGGUGAAGUAUAUCAUCGAGUUAGUAGCCUGAAACCUAUUGAAGAGAAGAUACCAAAUUUUCUCAACUCUACAUAUAUGACAAUACAUUAAACUCUAAAACCGGUUAGAUUAUUCCUUCAUAGAUCCAAUUUCAAAUCCUUUUGCAUGAUUCAGCUAUUCAACAAUUGCAGGAGAUGUUAGCUUCAAGUAAUAUCUUAGUAAAAACAUUUUGAUCUACAAUGGAUAGAUAAAAUGACAUUAUUGUUCAGCUUGAUGAAACUAGGUUACUUGCUAAAAUAGAAGGGGUUGGUAGAAAAUAUGAUUUGUCAUAUGCAAAUGAGAUUGUUGCUUUAAUUGUUGACGAUAGUAGGGAACAAAUAUUUUCUCCUGAUAUCGUUGUCCACUAUCAAAUUCAUGAACUGGAACAAAUUAGUAUAUACUAUAUAUCACCUAAUUUUAAUGGCUUUGGAAUAUCUCAUAUUCCCACAUGAUGAGAAUGGUUGACACUCAAAUAUUCCAUGUUUUGACAUUGGGGAUGCAAAUGGACUCAACAAUAAGAUUGCGAGUCAAUGUGAAUUUUACAAUUAUAUACUUCAAACAAGACUCAAAAUAUCAUACUCAUUGUUGUUGUGUGGAAAGUUGUAACAACAUUGCUACUAAGGUUUUUUUGGAUUCUUACUUGAGAGGUGAGUCGGAUACCAAUAUGAGCAGAAAAUAUGUGAUUUAACUUUAUCACAUACAUGUAGUCCUCUGUAUAACUAUGUAAACUUUGACGAUGAGAAAUAAAUUGAAAUGUGAUUUGAUUAUGCUUUCUGUGAGUUGGUUUUUUGAAUGAGUUUGAUUUCUUACUUUCAAUUACAAAUUUUAAAUUUUCAGUAAUUGAAUAUUUAAGACUAUUUUAUAUUAUCAAAUGAAAAUAAUAUUAUUCUGUAUAAUGAUUACUGUUAAUUAUUCCAUUUAUCAAAUUUAUCCGGCCAACGGGCGGGCCUAGGCAUAUUAAGCAUUAAUACAUUAGCGGGCAGGAAGAAUUAAAGUUUGAUUUUGAUUGUUAACAAACCACAUUAUGAAUGUCACUAUGUCAGUAGUUUGCAGAUUUCUUUAAUUUUUAUUUCCUGACGUCGCACAGCCCUUUUUUUGGCCAUUUACGUCGCAGAGGCCAGAGCCCUUAGAAUGCACAUAUGUUCAUCGAGCCCAUAUGUUGAAGGCCCAGAAAUCGCGGGCCAAACCAUAGGCUCAGAAUAACACCAUCUAGAAUAA